AUGGUUGAACUAGUGGUAAGAACCGUGGGAGAAUUGAAUCAGCCGAGAGUGGCAGCUGUAGCUAUGAGCUGUCCGUCAGAAAUUCUAUUGCAAAUGAACAUCUAUACUCCUAGUCAAUUGAGGAAGGACUUGCUGGCGUAUCAUCCUGCUGGAGGGGAGAUCGCUACAGCUCAAGCAUACGGUCUCGCAAGAGAUCUCCUAAAUAGGGAGACCACUAAGGAUAAGAGUGUAGUCGUGUUCUCAAACGGCCAAACUUCAACUUGUAGCAUACCUUUAGCUGGAAAUGAGGAUGAACGCAGCACUGCCAACAAGUUGCACAAUAAUAACACGGGUAUUAUUUACCUCCCCAUCGAAAAACCCGUGAAUCGAUCAUAUUUGGACGAAAUCACGCACGAUCCCAACAAUGUAGCCGACCCGCAAAAUCUCACGACAAAGCAGGACCCUGCCCGUUUGGAGAAAGCGAAGGACUGGCUAGUUCAGCGGCUCAAUGGGACUUCAGCUACCACAACCGAGGCCUGGGAAACUACAAAGGAAAAGCAUGGAACGACGCCUACAGCAGCGGACAGAACCACUGAAUCCCAGGCAGAGACGCAACGUACUGGAGUGCGUGAACUCUCAACGAUUGCGGAAAUGCCUCAGCUUGAGGCCACAACCACAACAGAAGGAGCAAACUUAAGCGUAUCACCAGUACACACCCCUUCACCCCCAGAUGAUGUAAGAUCAUCUUCAGCUUAUUACUAUUAUUAUUUUACAUGGUUUACUGAGAGAAAAAGAACUUUGUGA